AAGCUCUAGAGUACUACAGUUUAAAAAAUAUUCGUUCACCCUCACCCACUGACCACUGUGCCCGCCCCGUCGCAAUCUCAGUGCUUUCUCCCAUAACUGUUGUUCAGUUCGCACUCCGGCGGUCGUGUAAGGCGGCGGAAUACCCUUUUCAGCCGUUAGGAGUGAGAUUAGUAGCUGCAACAUUUUAUGUCUGCUGAGUUUGCUGGUUUGGUGGUAAUUGUUGAAAGCUGGGAAUUUUGUUCUUUAAACUUCAUAUGUGCUAAAUAGUUGCGGGUUCUUGCUGUGGUGGGAUUAUCUUUUAAGGAUGUAAAUUUUGCUGCAAUUGCAAGGAAAAAUUCACCGCAAGCCUUUGGAUUCCGGUAUUAAUGCAAGCAUGGAGUCUGACAGGUUAAAUCUGCCAGACACAUCAGUCGUUACAAUAGAUUUACUGGGGCAUCAAUUGCAAUUUUCUCAGGAUCCAAAUUCCAAGCAUUUGGGAACUACAGUAUGGGAUGCAUCAAUGGUCUUUGCCAAGUAUCUGGAAAGGAAUAGCAGAAAAGGGAGAUUUUGCCCAUCCAAACUCAAAGGGAAGCGAGUCAUUGAACUUGGGGCAGGCUGUGGAGUAGCUGGCUUUGGGAUGGCAAUGUUAGGAUGUGAAGUGGUCACAACUGACCAGAAAGAAGUUCUGCCGCUUCUACAAAGAAAUGUUAAACGUAAUACUUCAAGGAUCAUGCAGGCAAUUGCCAAUUCAGAUUCAUUUGGCUCUAUAAAGGUUGCAGAACUGGAUUGGGGUAAUAAUGAUCAUAUACAAGCUGUUGAUCCCCCAUAUGAUUAUGUGAUUGGCACUGAUGUGGUUUAUGCAGAACAUCUUCUUGAUCCACUGUUGCAAACGAUUCAUGCUUUGUCUGGACCACGCACUACCGUUGUGUUGGGUUAUGAGAUACGUUCUACAAGCGUCCACGAACAGAUGCUUCAAAUGUGGAAGAACAACUUUGAUGUGAAAACUGUUCCAAGAACCAAGAUGGACAUAAAGUACCAGCAUCCAAGUAUCCAGCUUUACUUGAUGGGACAAAAGUUUUCCUCUGGAAUUGCUUUGGCAGCAGAUCAAGAGAAAAAGCAAGCAGCUGAAUUUUUAGAGAGAGAAAGUAACCCGAGAGAAGGAAAGACCAGUGGGGUGGAUGAAGUUGGGAGUGAGAAAAACGAUAUAGGUUGCUCGGAUUCUACAGGACUUUCAAGUCGAGAUCUUACUGACUGGGAAGUGCGAAGAUGUGGUGCCAUGGCUGCUCGUCUCCUUCGUGAUGUCAAAAUCAACUAGAAGUUCCAUAGCUUGCUGUCAUUUCUGUUACUGUAUGCUUCUGUCGUCACUGUUUUAGGUGUUGCUGCAAGUUUCUUAUGAGAAGAUCUACUAUUAGCAGUAGAGGUUAUGUGGGGGUCUUCUCUUCUUUUUUCUUUUGCAUGGUUAAAGAUUGUAUUUAUAAGACCCUUGAUUUGAAAUGUAACCAAUUUAAACUCAGACAACAAAUUAGAAGUCCCUACCGGUUGAUUAGCUAC